GGACAUUUAUUUUAUACAUCCGGACUUGGUGACGUACAUGCAGAAAAUCAGUUCAUUAUGUGGGGGAUGGAGCCUGAAGUUACACCAACAUGAAGCAAUUCUGCGCUCUGAAACUGGACAAGCUCCGGAUGCAGAUGUGGCUCCCUGCGAGCCCCGGGGGCCUCCUGAGUUAUUUGGUGACUCUGCACGUCCUGCGGCUGGGAUCAGCUGACUUCAGUGUGGUGGGACCAGGCCACCCUCUCCGUGUCGCCGUGGGGCGGUACAUCGUGCUGCCAUGUCACUUGUCCCCCAGCAUGGAUGCUCGGAGCUUUGAAGUACGGUGGAUCCGGCACAGGGUCUCUGAAAUAGUGCACCACUACCGAAACGGAAAGGACCUGUACGGGGACCAGAUGGAGGAAUAUGUUGGGAGGACAGAGUUGGUCAGACAUGGUCUCUCCAGUGGACGCCUGGACUUGCGAAUCUCCUGGUUGAGACCCUCUGAUGAUGGUCAGUACAUCUGCACUGUGAGAGAUGGUUCCUCUUAUGGAGAAGCUACGGUGGAUCUGGAGGUGUCAGCCACAGGCUCUGUCCCUCAACUCUCCCUGGAGGCUUACGAGAAUGGAAGCAUCCGGGUGGUGUGUCGAUCGGCCGGCUGGUACCCACAACCGGAGGUGCAAUGGAAAGAUCCUGAUGGGCAGCAUCUCCCCUCGGUCUCCCAGAGACAUUCCUCGGAUGCAAGGGGCCUCUUUGACAUCGAAGAUGUCAUCAUUGUGACCAGGAAUGGAGAUGGGAACUGGUCCUGCGUGGUCAGGAACAGCCGCCUCAACCAGGAGCAGGAGACGUCCCUGCACAUCUCAGCUCCCUUUUUCCACAAUGCCCAUCCCUGGAUGGUUGGUGUGGGGGUGCUCCUCGCGCUUUCAGUGGUGUUCCUUGGCCUCGGUGCUUAUCUGUGGAGAAGGAAAGUGCUGCAGUCCCGAGAGCUGGGGGAACAAGCUGCACUGCUGGAGGAACGAGCUGCAGAACUGGAGGAACGAGCUGCAGAACUGGGGAAAAGAGAUUCAGCACUGGGCAGAAGAGAUGAAGAACUGGAGGAACGAGCUGCAGCACUGGGGGAACAAGCUGCACUGCUGGAGGAACGAGCUGCAGAACUGGGGAAAAGAGAUUCAGCACUGGGCAGAAGAGAUGAAGAACUGGAGGAACGAGCUGCAGCACUGGAGGAACGAGCUGCAGAACUGGGCAGAAGAGAUGAAGAACUGGGCAAAAGAGAUGCAGAAAUGGCCUGGAGAAAGUUUCUGCUUCCCCACAAUCCAGACAUGGUGACCCUCGAUCCAGACUCGGCUCAUUCCCGACUUGUCCUGUCAGCGGAUGGGAGAAGUGUGAGAAGGGGAAGAGCACGGCAGGACCUGCCCGACACCCCUGAGAGAUUUGACACUCGGUGCUGUGUGCUGGGCCAGGAGGGGUUCAGGGAGGGGAGGCACUGCUGGGAGGUGGAGGUGAAGGGGGAGGUGGGAGGUGAUUCCUGGUGGGCUGUGGGGGUGGCCAGGGAGUCUGCCUACAGAAAGGGGUAUCCGGACCUGAGCCCUGAAGGAGGGAUCUGGGCAGUGUGUCACUGGAAAGGGCAGUUUGUGUCUCUCACCUCUUCUCCCACCUCCCUGUCCCCCAUCCCCAGGAGACUCUGGGUCUGUCUGGACUGCACGCAGGGGCUGGUGACUUUCAUCGAUGCCGAGAGUGGGGUUGAGAUCUUCACUUUCCCACCAGCCUCCUUCAAUGCAGAGAUCAUCCGACCCUGGUUUUGGGUGGGGACAGAGGAAACCGAGCUGUGCCUGAGGGACAGCAUCUCUGGCACUCUCUGCCCCCCUUCCAUCCCCACCUCAGCCCCGGACAGCCCCUGCCCUGCUGCAGACACUGCCCGCUCUCCUCUCCUCCAUCCCGCAGGAGCACACGUCCCUCUCUGCCCUGCCCAAGCCCAGGGAGCAGGGGGGCAGUGAAGGGGCUGCACUGGUUUUACCUGGGCCAGGGUUAAUUUCCUUGAUAGUAACUGGUAAGGGGCUCAGGUUUGGAUUUCUGCUGGAAACAGUGUUGAUAGCACAAGGAUGUUUAAGUUGUUGCAAGGACAGGUUUGCUUGCAACGUGCUAGAUUGUAUUUAUCGCUGUUACUGCUGCUUAGCUGUUGCUUGGCUGGCUCCUGUGCUUGCCAUGGGGCUUGCUCGCCUUCCUGGAUAUCAGAGUCUGGUGCUUGUUUGCGGCUGCUUGGUGCUUUCACUGCUCGAUGUGCUGCUGAUCAUGGCACUGUGCUGUGCUGGGAACACUUUGGUAAGAGCCAUGGCCAUACGCCUGGGCUGCGCGAUGGUAUGGGCAUCGCUGCUGUUCCUGUGCUGCUGUACCGGACAGGCUGGAACUGCACUGUGAGCUCCGGUCGAAGGGACGGUGACCUGUGGAUGAGUCUACGUGGGAACAGGACACCCCAAAGCACCUGUGGUCAUGAAGAAUUCCAGAGGAGAGCCCCUGCCCUUCUGCAGACACUGCCCGCUCUCCUCUCCUCCAUCCCGCAGCAGCACAUGUCCCUCUCUGCCCUGCCCAAGCCCACCCUGCCCAGGCACAGCACCAUGGCCUUCAAUAAAGCUUUGUGGGUGAC